AUGUCGUCGACGACAAUCUCACCCCGUGAAGAAUUGGCAUCUCUGGACGAGGUAUUGGAAUAUGUACUCCUCCUCGUAGAACUGCCCCGCCUCACAAGACUUCCCCGCCUCGAAGGAGCUGGUGAGGGUGGUGCUGGUCGUGAGGAAUGCAGUGAAGAGGCCAACGAGUUCCUCUUGUUGGGCGUAGAGUCGGAAAGAAGUUCAGGAGUGACGGUGAUAGUCUGGGUGAGAUCUGCAGACGUUGUAGAAAAGGAAGGUGCAGAAGGAGUUAGAAGGCCAGUCGUAGUCGCUUGGUCGUUCAUCGCUGCGGGCGGUAUUCUCGACGCCAGCAAAGUCAAUGGAAGCGUCAGCCCCAACCCUGCUCUCAGUCCUACUUCUUCUCUUGCUCUGGACAGUGGAAUAGUGAUGGAUCAACGACGAGCAUCCGAUGCCUUCCUAAGUCAAAAUUCUUCUGCCUCACCCGCUGGGAGGGGUGGUAGAAGUCUUUCGGAUGCUCCAAGGCCAUCAAAUAGUAGCGACUUGGGAACCAGCAAACCAUCUGAUGGAACGAAGGAAGUCGCGCCCCCAACCGGUGGGCUUAAACAAGAAGAGGCCCCACCAACUCAAAGAAACCAAAAGGAUACAAAAAGUGGUGAAUCUGGUAUGGCUUAUCCCCUUCCACUCGUCCUGAGAUAUCACGUGCUGACGUCGAGAAUACUAGCAGGAGUCUCAACAAAGCAGGAACCGGCUGAACACUCUGAAGAUCAAAAGCCCUCUACAUCCACACAAAUCAUAUCGAAAGACGACCCGCCCGCAGCGAUGAACGACCAAGCGACUACGACUGGCCUUCUAACUCCUUCUGCACCUUCCUUUUCUACAACGUCUGCAGAUCUCACCCAGACUAUCACCGUCACUCCUGAACUUCUUUCCGACUCUACGCCCAACAAGAGGAACUCGUUGGCCUCUUCACUGCAUUCCUCACGACCAGCACCACCCUCACCAGCUCCUUCGAGGCGGGGAAGUCUUGUGAGGCGGGGCAGUUCUACGAGGAGGAGUACAUAUUCCAAUACCUCGUCCAGAGAUGCCAAUUCUUCACGGGGUGAGAUUGUCGUCGACGACAUCAAAUCUUCUCGACGGCAGAGUAGACUCAGCAUGUCCUUCAACCCUCUAUCCAUGACAGAAGAAGAAGGACGAGCACGAUCACAAGAAGCUUCUCAAUCAGAGGAAAAAGAGAUACUUCCAUCUCCACCAAAGCCAAUCAUUGUCCGUGACUUUGCCUACCCCGAAGAUGACGAACGAUUCAGCCGGCUACCCUUGGAACUGCUCCCGCUCGACGAAAGAGAGAAGAGACUGCAAGGACAAGCACACGACCGAUAUGAAGAUGCGGAACUAACACCGCUAGCACAAAUGACCCAUUCUACUGGUGGUGACGAUGACGGUUCGCACUAUACGUAUACAGAAAGCGGCGCACCUGAUCUCCUCAGCCCCGAUCUUCCGUUACAACCCGGUAUCUACCGCGCGCUCUAUCCCUUCGAAGCCGAAGGCACGGCAGAGAUGUCUCUGGAUGAAGGGCAACUCGUCAAGGUCGUUGGGCGCGGUGGAGGAGUCGGCUGGGCUGUUGUAGAGAGAGGAUGGCGUAUGACUGUUGAAGACCUUGGAGACCCAAAGAUGGCCAACCAGGAUAUUGAUGGAAGUAAUGGGGCUCUGGCACUUGCAGGCCAAGCACUCGUACCAGAAGGAUAUCUGGAACCAUAUAGGCUUGACUCAAGUUAA